UGGGCUAUCGCUUACUAAAGAUUGUGGAUCAUGGACACAGUUAGCUAGCGAGGGUAAUCUUUAAUCUUUAUUCAUGCAGCAGCGGAAAUAGAGGUUAUUCUACUGAGAUUUUCACACAGUCACUACACCAGGAUGAUUGACGACUUCGAGAGCCGGGAGGUCCGGUCCAGCGGGGAGCUGUGGACCGAAAUCUGCUCCAGUCUGCCGGGGACACAAGCUGAGGCAACCCCGGAGAUCAACUCCGAGUUCAAAGACUCAUUCCAGCCAGCAGCACCAGUCCCAGUCCCAGUGCAGGUCAAUGGACAGUCAAAUGGGACAAAUAACAGUUCUUCCAGCGCCAAAUGGGAACCCAUGGAGGACUCUGAGAUCUACAUAGCCAGUUUAGAGAACCGCCUGAAGAAAUUAAAGGGCCAAUCAAGUGAUGUGACCUCCAGGGACAUGUUGCGCUCCUUGUCUCAAGCUAAGAAAGAGUGUUGGGAUAGAUUUCUGCACGAUGCUCAGACCUCAGAGCUCUUCCAAGGAGGUGACAUGGAUGAGAGCGCUCUUGAACACUUCAAGAGGUGGCUGAUUCCUGAGAAGGUGGCCAUCAGUGCAGAAGAGCUGGAAUAUCUCCUGAGGCCGUCACAGACGAACGAAACAGCUGAACCUAACCAAACACAGAGCAAGGAGAACUCAGAGGGAGAGAGACCUAAUUCCGAAGAAGAUGACGCCCACAGCCCAGAGAAAUGAGUGCAUUAAAAAAGUAACACUGACGAAAGAACUAAUUUGCCAUGCAGUCAAUAAGGGUGACUUGUUACCCCCCACGCUCAUUUUGAGCUGUUAUGUCAUAGCAGUGUUUUGGCUGGAGCUUUUGUUAACAGCCAGUCAAAGAAGCAAUUACAGCCUGCCAUCAUUCUCUGUAUCCCCAGCAACUGAGUGUUGAGUACUUAUGCAGUUCUUGUUAUCCAUCCCUCCAGCCCCAUCACACCAGGAAAAUAUAUCAUAAAGAACUUGUAAUUAGACUUGUUUGUUUUGUAGCGGAAAAAUUGGCAUCUAGUCUGUAGUGACUCCCAUUAUAUCUGUUACAAGAAUGGCUCUCAACUUUGAAUACAAGCUGUAAUGAUGGACCACAUGCAGCACCAUGUUGUAAAUGAGACUAUUAUGACAUCUUGCAGACAUUAUUUUUCUGUUUUUCAAAAAAAAUGUGACAUUUAGAGUAGAAAUCCUUUGUGAUAUAUUCCUGGAAAUACUGUAACAUAUUGUGUAACGUCAUUAUUUUUGCCAUGUUGGUUUUACAAAUGAAGUUUUACCCAUGUUUCAAUGAAAACACGUAGAAUUAA